AAAAAAAAUUCAAAGAGUCCCAAAUAUUAACCAGAACAAGCAGGCUUCAGAGAGUUUCUCAACUGAAGAAUGGAGAAGAUAGAGGAAGCAGUGAAAGAUGAAAGAGAAUUUGUUUUGGCGAUUGCUCGUAGGAUCACGCCUGCUGAUUCCCCUGUGGCAUUCAAUUCUCAGAUUCAGCAGCAGCAGCCAUUUCCAACCCCUUCACCGUUCUCUUUCUCGGUGGCUUCUACAGGGUGGAGCUCCAGAUCUUCCAUACAUCAUCACUCGACUCUCCUCCUUCGGUUCUCGGUGCUUCUCUUCUCCUUUAUCUCGGCUCUCAUACUCGCUGCCCCUUCUACAAAGAAGAAACACCAACCAUCUCCUAGCUUCACUGACUACCCUGAAUUAAUAUACUGCUUCAUCGUAGCCAGUAUAGCUUUCCUAUACACGGCUUUACAACUGUUUAAAGGCGUUUGUGACAUUGCUCACAGAGGCAUUCUGAUCUCAGAUAUGGCCUUGGACUACGUAAGCUUCUUCCUCGACCAGGCAAGUGCAAUCCGCCGUCUUCUAUCUCUACUACUUUCACUUGCUAAUGUAUGGGGUUGCUAUGUAAACAGUUGGUGGGUUAUCUUCUCGUGUCAUCGGCUUCAGUGGCGGUGCCGAUCAUUGGACUGGUUGAGCGAGGCACACCACUUCGGAAGGGAGCCGUUGUAUCGACCAGCAUGGCCUUCGCAACAUUUAUAGUUAUGGCAGUCUGUGCUAUCUUAUCUGGCUAUAAGCUUUGCAAGAGAAUUGGCUGGUGAUUUUGCUCUAUGGUUGCUUCAUUCUACGACUACUAAUAAAUGUUCUGCUGUUUUAAAUGAAAAAAUAAAACUGCUUCAAUCUUUCAG